CUCCUGCAAAUUAAAUCAAACCUUCUUCUAUGUAUUUUCAUGGCUGCAAAGAUACAGAGGAUCAUAUAAUGUAUGUAUGUAUGUAUAUAUAAUGUUUUGUUUUUAGCUGUCGAAUCGAAUCGAAGAUGGUGAAGUUCUCGAAGCGGUUCGAGCGGCAAAUGGUUCCGGAAUGGAAGGAGGCAUUCGUCGACUAUGGCCAGCUGAAGAAGGACCUGAAAAAGAUGAUCAUCCACGGCGAAGAUGCCGAGAACAAGCCCUUUAAUGACAGAGUUUUGUGGAGUUUAAGGAAAUGGAGAAGAAAGAGAGAGCAUGCUAUCAUUGAUGUUCAUCGUAGGUUCUGCGAAGGAGAAUUCUACGAGACUGAGAUGCAGGGGAGCCUCGCAGCCUCGGAGGGCGUUGUGGAGUUCUUCGCGCAUUUGGAUUUUCAGUUGAACAAAGUUAACCGAUUCUACAGAACAAAGGAGAAGGAGUUUGUCGAGAGGGGCGACGCGCUGAAGAGGCAGCUCGAGAUUCUUUUAUUGCUCAAAGAUGAAGGUCGAGGAACUUCUUCUGAGGCUAUUUCUUACGUGCUCCGCGAUGAGCUGGGAAUUCAGACAUCCAUUAAGUGUGAUCCCGAUGGAAAUAAUCUGCGCAUCGAUAGAAGGAUGCUGCAUUGCGCCGAGAAAAUGAUCCGGGGAGCGUUUGUAGAGCUUUACAAAGGACUAGGACACCUAGAAAAUUACAGGAAUUUGAACAUGCUUGCUUUCGCAAAGAUCUUGAAGAAGUUCGAAAAAGCGACGAGCAAACAAGUACUUCCCGUUUACUUAGGAGUUGUCGAGAGAUCGUAUUUCAACACCUCCAACAAGGUUUUAAAGAUAUCAGACGAAGUCGAGGAGCUUUUUGUUAAGAGUUUUUCGGAGAAUGACAGAAGGAAGGCCAUGAAGUACCUCAAACCGGCUACGAAGAAAGAGUCGCACGCCGCGAUCUUUUUCACCGGCCUAUUCACGGGCUGUUUUCUCGCGCUGCUCGUUGGAUAUUCGAUCAUGGCAGGCAUUACCGGGACGUAUAGAGCUGAAUCAGAUGUAAUGUACAUGGAAACAGUGUUCCCUGUCCUCAGCAUGUUCAGCUUGAUAUUCCUACACUUGUUCCUCUACGGAUGCAACAUCGUAAUGUGGCGAAAGGUCGAGAUCAAUUACAGCUUCAUCUUCGAACUGUCGCCAAGCGAAGAGCUGAAGCAGGGCGACGUGUUCUUGAUCUGCGCCACUUCAAUGGUCGCUGUAAUCGGAGUUUUGUUCAUUCAUCUCACCCUCGUCGCUAAAGGAUUCUCUUUCGCCCGCGCCCAAGCCAUUCCCGGCUUUCUUCUCCUAAGUUUCGUUGUAGUCCUAGUUUGCCCCUUCAACAUCAUCUACAAGUCGAGCCGUUACCGGUUCCUUUCUGUAAUAAGAAACAUCAUCUUAGCCCCCCUGUACAAGGUUGUAAUGCUCGACUUUUUCAUGGCUGAUCAGCUCUGUAGCCAGGUGCCAAUGCUCCGAGAAAUGGAGUAUGUCGCGUGCUACUUCAUAACCGGAAGCUACAAAACAGAGGACUAUCAAUACUGCAUGAGUACAACUUACUACCGAGACCUCGCUUACGCGGUUUCCUUCUUACCGUACUAUUGGCGAGCCAUGCAGUGUGCUAGACGAUGGUUCGACGAAGGGGAUACGAGCCAUUUAACAAACCUCGGCAAAUAUGUGUCGGCAAUGCUCGCCGCAGGAGCCAAAGUGGCGUACGAUAGGGAACGGGGCAGCGGAUGGCUUUACUUAGUCGUAGUUAUGUCGAGUGUGGCGACAAUGUACCAACUGUAUUGGGACUUUGUUAAGGACUGGGGCUUGCUACGGCUGCGCUCGAAAAAUCGGUUGCUAAGAGACGAACUAAUGCUUCGACAUAAGUUCAUAUACUUUGUCUCCAUGGGAUUGAAUCUUAUACUCAGACUUGCUUGGCUGCAAACUGUGUUCCAUUUUAAGUUUGAGAAAGUUGAUUACAGAGUAACCAUGGUGUUCUUAGCAGCUCUUGAGGUUGUUAGAAGGGGGCAAUGGAAUUUUUACAGGCUGGAGAACGAGCAUCUUAACAAUGCCGACAAAUUCCGGGCUGUUAAGACAGUGCCACUUCCUUUCCAUGAAGUGGAUGAGCAAGAUUGAUCAUAAAGAGCAGCCAAAUUGCAAGUUGUUCUAACACGACUGAAAGUUGCU